GGCAACUUUGGAAGACUUUGGGAUUGAAAAAUCUUGGUUUCUCCAUGAUUGUUUCUUAGGGGAGCAUAAUUUCAGCUACUCAUCAAGGUGAAGACUGAAGAGAGAAGGAGCUAUGUGGAAAACAUGAACCUUGGAGGAGCUUUGCUGAAAACAUGAACAUUGGAGGGAGUGGAACAGAUUGCAAGGUAUCUUUCGAAAGUGAUGAUGAAGAAGCCCGUGUCGAUCAUCACUUGCUUGUUAACGGUCAAUCGAAGAUUUCACUUAUCACAGAAAUAAAACCAAAUCCAACUUAUACCUCAACAAUAUCCGUAGUGGAAAUCCCUGUUUGUCAUCCUUUGUCAGAGUCUCAACCUCCUGAUCCAGCAUCACUUGUUGCAAGUUCAGGCAGAGAAGGAGAUGAUAAAACGAUGUCUGGGCUACAUGAAGAAAGUGAAAAUCUGAAAGAAAUGGAGCUCCCUUCACCUUCAAAGGAGACAUCUCGACAUUCUAAAAUAUCCUCAAAAAAACCUUCUCUGGCCAAUCUCUUGCCAAGAUUACCAAGGAAGCUAACCGCGCAAGAACUCGAAGCGGCGAGAUGUGGGCCUAAAAGGAAUUUCACAAACAAUGACAAGAAUCAGAACAUUUCCUUAUAUGAUGGAUACCUGCCCGCUUGUCAGUCCAGAGUUUUGAUAAAAGUAUUCAUGGGAAAUUGUAGUGGCAUCCUUGAAGCAGAAAAAACAUCAGCUGUGUCUAUGCAACAUAAGUAUAUAAUGGAGUUGAUAGGAUACUGCGAGUCACGUGAAGAUUGUGCUGUUCUGGUCUAUCCGUUUGCAGAAUGCUGGGGGAACCUGGAUGAAUAUCUUACUGGCUCAGGGGAGACUGAUCAGUUGAAACUGACAUUUGAAGAUAAGCUAAACAUGGCUAUAAAAAUUGCUGAAGGUAUUCGAUACUUGCAUGAAGAAUGUCCCGGAGGCCCAGUAGUUCAUGGUGACUUACAACCAUUCAACAUAUUUCUGACAUUGAACUUCCGGCCACUGAUAUCUGGAUUUGGAAAAGCAAAGUGGCUUCAUCUAAAGCUAGGAUUGCAGAUAACCCCCAACAGGUUUACAUGAGCUAAACUCCAGGCCAAGUUUUGGAAGUCUAUUAUAGCCUGUUUGAAGCACUAACAUUAGUACUCUUUUUGCCUGAUU